AAGCAACCACCUUGGCUUGCUUGUUUAUCUUUCUCCCGCUUGCUUUCUGUAGUUUAUAAUUACCCAGUGUAAUACUCGUGCUUCUGUUCAUCCUGUCUUAUUUUGCACCCUCUCCUGUGCUAUUGGACCUGAGAUUGUUUUUUGAUGUCAUCGCCAUUGGUGUUACCACCAUCGCCUUGCGUAAUACGUGUGCAUGUUCUUCGUCAGACUUCUGUUCCUUAUGCGAAGUAAAAAAAAGGAGGUACGUGAAGUAAAAAAAAGGAGGUGCUAGACAUCACUCAUGUGGUACUGUUCAAGACGCUAUCUUAGCAUGGAAUUAUCCUUCUGCUCUUUUCUGCAUGAAGCAGUCAGAACUGAACAGGCUAAUACAGUUGGCAUCAUUCAUGGAAAAGAGGGCUGAAGUGCAUUGUUUCUCAAGAAGUUGGGCAGCCUAUGCCCACCAAGAAUUUGAGCAGAAUUCGGCAGAUCAAUUACAGCCAGUAGUAAAUUUUGCAGUUGGCGUUCAGGAGAUAGCUCUUCAAUCAAGGGAAGCAAAUAACAUUCUUGGUAUGUUGAAGGAGCCAUCGAGUCCUGUAGUGAGUUGUUCAAAUUUCAGAAGGUGUUCCUCCGCGGCAGAAUCCACGCCUGCCACCAGUUCGCAGAAUAUUGGCGUGACCAUAGGAGGAUGUCCUGGUUCCUUGAGGGCUUUGUGGAGCGACGGUGAUGCGGUAUGUGGCACCAGAGAGAGCAGGGAGGUGUGCAUUUUCAUCCAAAGGGAAGUGUGGAAAUUUAUCGGCUAUCGAGCAUGCCAAGGUGCGAGGUUAUUAGGGAUUCGGCCUCUGCGUGGAAAGGAAGGCGUGGCACUAUUGGAAUUAGGGUGCGAAGUGGCACCUGCAUCCAUCCGCAAAAUCCAAAAUCACAGCAAAAGGUGUUAUGGAAUCACAUUGGAAUUAAAGCAGGCUUAAUGAAAACUUCAGUUCAGCAUCCCGCGCAACUUGCCACCUUAACUGCAAUGCCUGUGGCCUGAUUGAUCGAGCAUGGCUUCAUUAUUGUUUUUUUUGCCUGUGUAGAAAUUAGUAGAAUCAUGUUUCUUCAUAGAGUAUUCAGAACAUGUAGAAGCUCGAUGGGCGAUGAUCUCAUUCCUCAUAGAAUCGGAGGUUGUAGUUCUGUACAGUGUUGUGACUAUGAUUUUGUUCCUUAACGAACGAAAUCAUAAUUUAUUGUAUAGCAUGUGUAAACUGUAAAUUGAUAGAAUUAUGUUUCUUCAUAAAGUAAAUUCGUUCCUCUGAGAA